AUGGUUGAGAAUGUAUUUCUCUUUCCCCUUCAAGCUCUUGUAGCAGCAGCAUGCAGCCAAUGGUUCUUCUUGAAAUUUUUUCUUAAAUGUAACCAGAACUGCUUAAAAAAUGCAGGAAAUCCUCGAGACAUGCGGAGAUUUCAGGUUGUGGUCUCUACAACAGUCAACGUGGAUGGCCACGUCUUGGCAGUGUCGGAUAAUAUGUUUGUGCACAAUAACUCCAAACAUGGGCGGAGGGCUCGAAGGCUCGAUCCUUCGGAAGGUACGCCUUCUUAUCUGGAACAUGCUACACCCUGUAUCAAAGCCAUCAGUCCAAGUGAAGGAUGGACUACGGGAGGUGCCACUGUCAUCAUCAUAGGAGACAAUUUCUUUGAUGGGUUACAGGUCAUAUUUGGCACCAUGCUGGUCUGGAGUGAGCUUAUUACACCACAUGCUAUCAGAGUUCAAACACCACCCCGACAUAUUCCUGGUGUUGUGGAAGUUACAUUGUCCUAUAAAUCCAAGCAGUUCUGUAAAGGCACACCUGGAAGAUUUAUCUACACAGCUUUGAAUGAACCAACCAUUGACUAUGGCUUCCAAAGGUUACAGAAAGUCAUCCCAAGGCAUCCUGGUGACCCUGAGCGUUUGCCAAAGGAAGUAAUACUCAAGAGGGCAGCUGAUCUGGUGGAAGCACUCUAUGGUAUGCCACAUAACAAUCAGGAAAUAAUCCUGAAAAGAGCAGCUGACAUUGCAGAAGCCCUCUACAGUGUCCCUCGUAAUCAUAACCAACUUCCUGCACUCGCUAAUACAUCAGUCCAUGCGGGCAUGAUGGGUGUGAAUUCAUUUAGUGGCCAAUUAGCAGUAAAUGUCUCAGAAUCCUCACAGGCCACCAAUCAGGGUUUUACUCGCAACUCAAGCAGUGUGUCUCCUCAUGGUUACGUGCCAAGCACUACCCCUCAGCAGACAAACUACAACUCCGUCACAACAAGCAUGAAUGGGUAUGGAAAUGCUGGAAUGUCCAAUUUAGGUGGUUCUCCAACCUUUCUGAAUGGAUCUGCUGCCAACUCUCCCUACGCCAUUGUGCCAUCCAGUCCAACCAUGGCAUCCUCUACUAGUCUCCCUUCUAAUUGUAGCAGCUCCUCUGGGAUCUUCUCCUUCUCACCAGCCAAUAUGGUCUCGGCAGUGAAACAGAAGAGUGCUUUUGCUCCUGUUGUCAGACCACAGACGUCCCCUCCCCCCACCUGUACCAGCACCAAUGGGAAUAGCCUGCAAGCUAUAUCUGGCAUGAUAGUUCCUCCCAUGUGAAAGAAUUGCUUUGAAGAAUUGACUAAUGAAGGAUUUGGAUUCUGCUCCAGAACAAAGUCUACCCAAGUCCCAGAGAGGAACUUUUAACUCAGGCCUUUCUUCAAGGAAAAAGGAAGACUCUCACAAUAACUGCAAAGUUUAAAAACACACAACAAUUUUAAAAAAAAUUGCUAUCCUUGAAAAAUAUUUCUAAAAUCUACUCAGAGCCUGCAAGGGCAAGAUGUUAAUUUGAGCUGUCCAUCCCAAGUUCUUGGGAGAGAAAAUUGUGUCCUGAAGAAAAUACGCUUCAGUCUUUUCAGUUUUUAUUGGUCACCUUUUCUCUUUUACAAAUCACAACAGGAGGGAGAGGCACAAACAUGAAAAGCCAACUUGAGAACUUUUCUUUGUUGUAGUUUUUUAAAGCUGUCUUAAAGGGAAAUAAAGUGGCAACACAUAACAUGAGUUUCUAUGGAACAGAAGUAAAAGUGCCAGUUAGGGAUUAUUGAUGUUUUUCUUUCCUUUGAAAAAUUAAUGGCUGUGCCAGUAAGGGUUGUUUUCAUAAUAUUUUACUUAACCAACAACAGCACAUACAUCUGUGAGUUGCAGUCUGGGGAAGUAUCAAUGGAUAUCCAUGUGAACUUACACAUAAAGAUACACUAUACACACAUAUACAAAAAAGAUUUCAUUUUAGAAGCCAUAAUUAUUUUCCCCUUAAUCCUUCCUCAUCUCUUUUUGACAACAUUGUACUUAGAAGAUUGCGUAAAUACUGCAAGGCAGGGGGGAAAAAAAGCAUAUGUGUAGCUAUGGACAUGCAUUUUCCAUCUUUACUUUGGAAACCCAGUGCCUCUGGAUAUAAUGCUAAAAACUGCAAAUCCGAUUAGCAUGGCUCUCUGUCUUUUGCUUUUAACCAACUUAAAUCCAAAUACAGUUCAAGCUGUCUUUCUCUAUAAAUCUCAUUGAAAUAGGACAGGAUAAAGGCACAAAAGUGAGCCAUUCCGUGCAUUUUGGAGCAUAUUUUUUACUAGAAGCUUCUUUCCUGAUACCUGUAUCUUUCAUUUCGGAAUGGG